CUGACCCAGCAUGCCAUUCCCUGGAACAAACGAUCAGAUCCUUUCUAAGCAUUUCAUGACAGCCGAGAGUUAGACGGAUCCUAAAUGUCAGAUAGAUGCUUGUCAAGGAGGCUUCUGGAGUGGGCGUCAACUAAAUAAAAUGUCAAAGAAAUGUUCCUUCUCUCCGCUUCUGUCAUGGUGUUUUUGGGCUCGUUGCAUGGUGUCUGUGGGGGAGCGUACUAUGGACACAAGCAGCUGGCCCAGCAGCACCAGCCUCUCAUGCAGUUACCUCACAUCCCCUUGGGAAAUGACGGGCUGCCCCCACAGCAUUACAUGGGCCAGGAGAUGCCCCACGUGCAGUAUGGAAAAGAGGGGCCUGUGCUCCCACAGUACAGGAAAGAAUUACCACACUUUCCCAUGCAUUUAGCCCAAGAGAUGCCACGCAAAGACAAAGGUAAAGGUAAAGCAAUUCUCAGAGGAGAGAAGGGACUUCCAGGAGACACUGGCCCCAAGGGGCCUCCCGGACCUCAGGGCCCCCCAGGACUACCUGGCCAUGGUCAACCAGGCCCACAGGGGAAACCAGGUCCCCCUGGUCCCCCAGGUUAUCCUGGCAUAGGCAAGCCAGGCAUGCCAGGAAUGCCAGGAAAACCAGGAGAAAUGGGACUGCCUGGACCAAAGGGUGAGCUGGGUGAUGUUGGUGGAGAAGGACCAAUGGGAUUGCCAGGGCCUCAAGGUCUUCCUGGACCUCCAGGACUGCCGGGCCUGUUAAAACAAGGGGGGCAGGGGUUUCCAGGACAGCCAGGUCCCCGUGGGGAAUCUGGUCAUAAGGGUCUCAAUGGAUUACCAGGCCUACCAGGGCCUAAAGGUGACAAAGGAAAUGGUUUACCCGGAUUACCAGGACUUAAAGGUCCGGGUGGACCCCCAGGGCCACCAGGUCAAGUAGGACUCCCUGGAGUAGGAAAACCGGGUCUGAAUGGGCUCCCGGGGACACCUGGAGUUUCUGGAAAACCAGGCCCUCCUGGAGAGCCAGGGAUUUCAGGACCAGCAGGUGAGAGGGGACCACCUGGGCCAACAGGAUUACGUGGAAUUGGUAAACCAGGACAAGAUGGGCUGCCAGGACAACCUGGAUUUCCUGGAGGAAAAGGAGAACCAGGCCCACGAGGUUUACCGGGUGCCCCUGGCUUACCUGGAUUUGGGAAACCAGGAUAUCCUGGUCCCAAAGGGGACAAGGGACUGGGUGGCUUACCUGGUGCACCUGGUGCAAAGGGUGAAAAAGGUCAUGGAGGCUUCCCAGGGAUGAAUGGCCCCCCAGGACCCAUUGGAACUCACGGCUUGCCAGGGCCAAUGGGGCCACCUGGAGGCCUUGGCUUCCCCGGUCCAAAAGGAGAAUUUGGUGCCAAUGGGCUACCAGGGCAAGCAGGGCCUCAAGGUCUACCAGGGCCCCCUGGGUUACCAGGUCAGCCUGGAUUGCCAGGAGAGGAGGGACAGCCCGGACCACGUGGUUUUCCUGGACCACUAGGCCCGAAAGGGGAAAAUGGGCACAAAGGAUUACCGGGACCGCCUGGUGGCCCUGGAUUGCCUGGCAUCAAAGGUGAAGUGGGAUUCCCCGGCGACCAAGGUCCCCAAGGUCCAAAGGGUAUCCCAGGACUUAUGGGUCCUGGUGGCCCAUUAGGGCCGCCAGGACUUCCAGGUGCCAAGGGAGAAAUUGGACCACCUGGCCAGCCUGGCCUCCCUGGUGAGGGAAUUCCAGGGAUCCAAGGUCCCUUAGGACCUCCAGGAAAACCUGGUUCAAGUGGGCCUCCUGGUUUACCUGGCAGACCAGGACAACCUGGGCCUCCUGGACCCCCUGGACCUCCAGCACAACCACCCGGCAUUGGACAAGUCCAGCCUGAGAUGGGUGUUGAUCUGGAAGGAGCCAAAACUUUACCGCAAGGUUACAAGAAGGGCAAACAUGGAGGAGACUUUAUGGGUCUAAAUGGCCUAGAUGUGCCUGCGUUCACAGCUCAGUUAACAACACCUUUCCCUCCUGUGGGUGUUCCAGUGGUAUUUAACAAGGUUCUCUAUAAUGGAGGUCAGAACUACAAUCCACAGAGUGGCAUUUUCACCUGCAGCAUUCCUGGUAUUUAUUACUUUGUUUACCACAUCCACUGCAAAGGAGCCAAUGUGUGGGUGGCUCUUUUCAGGAACAAUGAGCCUGUUAUUUACACAUACGACGAGUACAAAAAAGGUUUCCUGGAUCAGGCUUCAGGGAGUGCGGUGCUCCCACUAAAGCCAGGAGACACGGUCUACAUGCAGCUUCCAUCAGAACAGGCAGCUGGACUGUAUGCUGGCCAAUAUGUCCACUCAUCUUUCUCUGGAUAUUUAUUGUACCCAGUGUAACAGAAUUUUGAAAAGGAAAUACAAUGUUUUUUAAGGUGAGGGUUUUGAAAUCAACAGUGACAAGUGGGCAAGUUGUGCCAACUCCUACCUUCCAAAUACACAUCGGAAUGUCAAGGUACAUACUGCAUAUUCAACUUUUAAAGGUAUGAUACAGACUAGAAAACUACAAUUUCUUGUUUGUGAAACAAAAAUAACCUAAGUAAAACAAUUUCUUAACUACAGGAACAUAUUACAGACCAGCUUAAUAUUUAUUUUGAAACCAAGCAUCAGUAGUUUUUCAAUGACAAAUAGCUCAAGAUAGUUUAUUCAUGAACAUAUUUGGUAACUUCUUUUCUAGUUUUGUUGCAGUGAAAAAAGAUUAGCAUUUUUGUAUUUUUAAUAAAUGGGAAAUAUUACAUUUUCUAGUACCAAACUAUUUUCAUAACCUUAGUGUGGGUUUCCUUUGAAGCAGGCCUCCUAUUCCAUGAUCUAAAGCCAGGGACGGCUCCAGCUAAAGGAGGAAUGGGCAAUUACCUCGGGUCUCCAACUUUCCAGUGUUAGUAACUACCACAAUUCUAAUAGAGGGAUUGUAAUGCUCAUCAGUGUUAUUGGUAGGCGCGGCCUCCCAAGUAAAGAUUUGCCUAGGCAACCCUGUUCAAAAGUUUAUAAAAACAAUGUUUAUAUCUUCCACAUACUCUUUUACGUAGGAAUACUACUUUAAUGGUACUUUAAAGUGCACUAGUAUUGGGCUGGUUACAUGUGUGACAGAAAUAUUGAGAAUGACCAGUUUUUUUCACUUAUCAGUGCAAAGUAGGUAAGUGAACUUUAUUGUCAUUCACACCAUACAACAGUACAACAAAGGAUGCAUAGCUGAACGAAAUUGCACAUCUCCUGGCUCAAUGUGUAGACAUAAAAAGACAAGAGCACUUAGACAACAUACGGACUUUACAAACAAAAUUGCACUUCUUACACAGAAGUACAGGCCAAUACAAAAUAUCUACAUGAUGAAUGAUGACUGGUUCAGAUGGAAAGUGUUCAUUGCAGCUAACUUGUACUGAGGAUCGUUUCUUGGACGCAGAGCUGAAAAAAAUGUCCCCUGUGAUUCCCAUAAUGCAAAGCUGAUCAAAAUGUUUCUGUCAAUAUUGUAAUUCAUGUUUGACUACUGAUUACCUGAGUUUUUAUAUGUGCAGAAAAGCAUAAUAAAGAAUGUAAAGAGAAAGGGAGGAAUCUGAAAUCAAUGUAUACUUCUUUUGUUUCGUUUAGUUGUCCUGACAAUGGAGUUAAGUAUAUAGCCACAUGAAAUCGAGUGUGGGCGAUGUGGUGGUUUAGUAGACAGCACUAUUGCCUCACAUCUCCUGCCUCUGUGUGGGAUUGUGGAGUUUGCAUGUUUUCCCUGUGUUGUGUGGAUUUCUUCUGAGUACUGUUUAGAAAUGGUUGAUGUCUCUAAAUUGUCCAUUGUAUGUCUGCCCUGUGACGGACUGCCAUCUUGUCCAGUUGAACCCUGGCCUUGUUCUGUAUGCUACCUAGAAUAGCCUCCAGGCCCCUCUGCCCAGGAUAAGUGAAUGAAAUGCACAGUUUUAUGGUCUUUUUUAAUAAAGAAAAAAUACUUAUAA